AUGACAGUGUCUACCAUCCGCAAAUACCUCAAGCAGAAGCUGAAUCUAAUGGACGAAUCAGAGGUGGAUGUCCAUUGCUGUGGUCUAAAAUUGAAUGCAAAUCUGACCCUAAUGGACAUAGAGCACCUCUGGCUAAAAUACAGGGUGCCGGACCAUGCCAAAGCCAAAGCGAAGUGGGAUGUGAAGGAAAUUGUGAUGGAGCUGGGUUAUAGCAGAAACAAGGAAUUCAAAGUCCCAAAGGAGAACUAG